ACAACCCCCAUGGAAGAUUAAGUAUGUGGCAGCAGCGUUAGGUGCUUUGCUCCCCGUGAUUGGUGUUGGGAAUGCCAAGCUCCCGUGCUAAGCUUGGGAAGAAGGUGUUGUGGAGUCUGGAAGAGGAGACCAGCUACAUCAAGGACCUUUGGCAGCUGCCCAUCAUCCCUUGGAAUGGGAAGACUCCAACAGCAGCAACGGCAGCAGCGGCAAAUGCAACAGCAGGAGGAGAUGCAACUGCACCAACUGAUGGGGUCCUGGAAGCAAUCAAGAAAGUGCAGCAGCAGCAGACACAUGGGGAGGUGCUUGCUGGUGUGGAUAUCUUGAGAAGAUCUUUCCGACGCAACGAGAAUCUCUUCAAUCGGAGCAAGAACGCGAAAGCUAUGAAGAUUCAAAGUUCAUGAGCUUGCGUUACAAUUGCGGCGGUUACAAAGUGAAGUUGUGGGGUGAAUCUAUAUGG